GUGGUGGUCUUUGCCCUGGAUUGAACAAUGUGAUCCGUGAGCUCGUAAUGAUGCUUUAUGCCUACGGUGUCAAGAAGGUCUACGGCAUCAAAGGAGGUUUCAAAGGUGUGGUGAACCCACAGUGUUGGAUGACCUUGACACCAGAGAAUGUACAAGACAUCCACUUGCAAGGUGGAUCUAUCCUGGUGAGUGAUCGUGGAAACCCGCCACACCCGGAGAUGGCCAAGAUGCUAAAGAAGAAAGGUGUCCGCCAGCACUUUGUCCUGGGUGGCGAUGGAACGCAGAAAGGUGCGCAUCAGACCUAUGACAAGAUGCAAGAAAUUGGUUGGGAGUGCGCAGUGGUUGGCAUUCCAAAGACAAUCGACAACGACAUCAAUUUGCUGGAUCGUUCCUUUGGCUUUGACACGGCUAUGUCAGAGGCGCUGAAGGCCAUUGAAGUGGCGUAUGUCGAGGCGACAUGCAACGCCAACUGCAUCGGCUUGGUGAAGCUCAUGGGAAGGCACUGUGGCUAUUUGACAAUGAUGUCUGUGCUGGCAGCACGAAACGUGGAUAUUUGCUUGCUUCCGGAGAUGGAUAUCAACCUUGAUAAGGUAUUGGAUCACUGCGUCGAGCUGGUGAGCACUGCUGGGA